AUGGUGCAGAAAAGUGAUUCAUUUCUCCCUGUUUCAUCGAACUCAUCUUCAUAUUCUUCUUCAACAGACAAAGACUUUGAUCUGAUGUGCAUGAUUAGUCCCACCAUAUCAGUACUUCUCUACAUCACUCCCCUCUCCAUCAUCUUCUUUGUCGCUGCAUUGAUUCACCUGCUCGUCAAAUUCUUACUUAGACCCCAAACCCGACUUGACGACGCCUAUAAAUUAUAUAAUAGGCGUCGUCAAGUCGGGUUUGGUCCUAGGCACGACCUCUCUGAUUGCGCCGUUUGUCUCAGCGAGUUCACAGCCGAAGACGAGCUCCGGCUCUUACCAAAAUGCAGCCAUGCAUUCCACGUGGAGUGCAUCGACACUUGGCUCCUCACAAACUCAACAUGUCCUAUCUGCUGCCUCCUCCUUGGCCUCACUGCUUCGUCUUCCCCUAUUGUUCUUGCGCAUGAAUCGGAUGGUGAGAAUUCCCAAGACUCCUCUUCGCAGUUCAGGUUAACCCAUUUUGAUGAUGUCGAGUCAAAAUGAGGUGACAUAUCGGGUCAAAACGAUGAACUUUAGCCAUAUUUUGGUCUGUUUGGAGGCAACACAAGGUUUUAAAUUCUUAUUCCUUUGUGAAUGAUAGUAUA